AUGGCCAUGGCGCCCGGCUUCGACGACGCAAAACGACCAAUCUGCAUCGCCUUCAUCCGCGAGUGCCUCGAGGCUCACCGAGCGACGGGCAGCAACAAGCCUCUGGUCAUCGGCCUCAAUGGCGUCCAGGGCGUCGGCAAGACAACCUUGGUGACGGCCCUCGAAGCGGCCCUCGAGGCCGACGGCGUGCCGACGUUGACGUGCAGCAUCGAUGAUUUUUACCUCACACACGAGGAGCAAGCCGCGCUGGCUCGUGCUCAUGCCGACAACGCGCUGCUGCAGCACAGGGGAGCCCCUGGAACUCACGACGUGCCACUCGCAAAAUCCGUCUUUGCCUCUCUCAUUUCACGGCAGCCUACCGCCCUCCCGCAGUACGACAAGGCGCUCUUCGCCGGCCAAGGCGACCGUCGGCCCGAGUCCUGCUGGAAGCACGUGAACCGGCCUCAACAGCCUCCCAUCGAAGCCGUUAUCCUCGAGGGCUGGUCCGUCGGCUUCCAAUCCAUGACCGCCCAAGCGGUCGAAGCCAGAUGGAAGGCACCCAGCCGGACGCUGCACCGGCACAAGCUGGAGCAUCUCCUUUUUAUCAAUGAUGCCCUCGAGGAAUAUGACGGCUUGACAGAUCUCCUGGACGCCUUCAUCCACAUCGACUCCGAUCAAGUCGAAUACGUCUACGGCUGGCGUCAAGAGCAGGAGGAUUCCCUACGGGCCGACAAGGGGGACCCGAGCGCUGGCAUGACACCGGAGCAGGUCGUCCGCUUUGUGGACGGAUACGUCCCGAGCUAUGAGCUGUAUACGGACCGUCUGAGGCGGGGGAUAUUUUCUGAUCGGCCUGGGCGUCAGCUUCGGAUUGUCGUCAACCGCGACAGGAGCAUUCGGGAUGUCACCCGAAUCUAA